GCAAGCAUCGCAAGCAGAGUCCUCCUUCCUUGUUCCGGAGGUGGCGCUACCUGCUUGUUUUGAUUUCAACCAAUGACGGAGGUGGUGUUGGUGCGAUCAUGUCCGCCGGUCCCCGGUAACGGCAUGGAUUGUCACUGGUCCAUCUCCCAUCUCCCCCGGUCUAAUCGGCACGUAAUUCGCAGAGUGUGAUCGCUUUCUCAAUGUGUCGUCGUCAACUCAAGCACAAAUCCUCAACGUUUGCCGUGCCGAUACCCGGGACACCCUUGUCCCUGGUCUUCCUGACCGGCGUGGCGCAGUUCACAUUGGUUGUUUGUCCUUUUGGUGUCUUUUACACUCCAUACAGUAUGCAAAGUCAUACAAAAAUCUGAACGCGCAUCCCAAAAAAAAGAAAGGGCCGGUACUAAUGACUAACUCCGUUGCGUCCAUUCGUGGGUCUGUCUGAACCAGAUAAAUAAGAACCUCGGGUUAUAUCUACCUACUAUCUAUACUUGUGCCGCCCCCCCCUCUUUCACUAAAACCAACACAGCGCAGCGGCAGUCCACCGUCGCAUUUCUCGCUAGUUUUGAUGUCCUUUUCCAUCAUCAGGGACCCAUCAUGUCUACUCGUAUCAGCAGAACUAGGACCGCCCCGGAUAAUCGGCCACGGCCAGCACGACAGGUCUCGAGGACCCGAGGUCCUUUAAGACGAGCCAGAUCGACCCCAGACGAUGACGCACACCAACUGUACUCGCCUCAAUUCAUGGAUGACCACGGCGCUCACCACUACCACCACGGCGUGACCCGGGACGAUCUGAGUGUGGCGUCGACCGCGCCGGACGAGGAUGAGGAGGAGGACGACGACGACGACACGACGAGUAGCGGUGAGUCGGUGGAGGAGGUACGGUUCGGCGUGAGAAACACGAGGGACGUUCAAGACGUCGAAGCGAACUUGCCUGAAUUAAUCAAGGAAAAGUCUGCCAGAUCGAUCAAAGAUCCGAACUUGGCAAGUUUUUUUCCCCCCUCGGAAAUGCCACACUGACGGCUCUGAUGGAUCAUUGAAAACUGACCAUCAAUUUUUACGACUGCACAGGUCACAUGGGAGGACGCUGAAGACCCCGAGAAUCCCAAAAACUGGACGUACAAGAAGAAAUGGGCUGCCACCCUGAUCGUGUCGUCCUUCACCUUCAUAUCACCCGUGUCGUCGUCCAUGGUCGCCCCGGCCUUGAACAAAAUCGGACUGGACCUGGGAGUCAACUCGGAGAUUGAAAAGUCACUGAUGCUGUCCAUUUUCGUUUUGGCCUACGCCAUCGGACCAUUGUUCCUGGGGCCAUUGUCGGAAAUUUAUGGUCGCGUGAUCGUCCUACAGCUGUCCAACCUCUUCUUCCUCGCCUUCAACAUCGGUUGCGGGUUCGCUCAGACAAAAGGUCAACUUAUCGCCUUUCGAUUCAUGAGCGGGCUGGGAGGUUCAGCACCAUUGGCACUCGGUGGAGGAGUCUUGAGCGACUGUUGGCGUGCAGAGGAACGAGGAAAGUCCAUCAGUAUCUACUCGUUGGCACCUUUGCUGGGCCCGGCAGUCGGGCCGAUUGCGGGAGGUUUCAUCGCGAUGAAGACAACUUGGAGAUGGUGUUUUUGGUCGACUUCGAUCGUCGACGCCGGCAUCCAGGUGUUGGGUGUCCUUUACCUUCGAGAAACCUACGCCCCCAAGUUACUCGCCGUCAAGGCCAAGAGACUCCGACAACAGACCGGGAAUUCCGAGUUGCACACCGAAUGGGAACACCCCGACAGGACACUGGGCAAGGUCCUCAGGACGAGUCUGAUCCGACCCUUUCGCCUUCUCGGUACUCAACUGAUCAUUCAAGUCUUGGCGAUAUACAUGGCCUACCUCUACGGUCUCAUGUAUCUCGUUCUUUCCACCUUCCCCACCGUCUGGACCGAAACCUACCACGAACAGACCGGAAUCGGCGGCCUCAACUACAUUUCUCUCGGGUUGGGUUUCUUCCUGGGCACCCAGAUCUGCGCCCCCAUCAACGACCGGAUCUACCGCAAGUUGAAGUUGCGCAACAACAACGUCGGCAAGCCGGAAUUCCGGGUCCCCUUGAUGAUCCCAGGCGCCAUAUUGGUCCCCAUCGGUCUGUUCGUCUACGGUUGGUCGAGUUACGAACGCACCCACUGGGUCGUCCCCAAUGUCGGCGCCGCCAUCUUCGCGGCGGGCACGAUAAUGGGUUUCCAGUGUACCCAAACCUACAUCGUCGACGCUUAUUCGAGAUUCGCCGCUUCCGCCGUGGCCUCGGCGGUCGUCUUGAGGAGUUUGGCGGGAUUUGGAUUUCCACUAUUCGCGCCUUACAUGUACCAAGCACUGGGGUUAAAUUGGGGAAAUUCGAUGCUGGGGUUCAUCGCCAUCGUCUUGGGUAUACCCGCCCCGAUUUUGUUGUGGAAGUUUGGACAAAUGUUGCGCGAGAAGAGCACCUAUGCCGCGGGUUGA